GUGAGGGAUUCAGUGAGCACAGGGCUGCUUAUUUUGUUUGAAUGUGGACAUGUGUCUGGUCGGAUAUGUCCGGGAAUCAACUCAUAAGAAUAUUAGAGGAGACCGUAAUAGCAUAAUAAUUUCCUUUUUUUAGGCAAUUUGACUUUGGAGACCAAACUGACAAAUUCGGAACAAAUUAAUUACAAUGGAUUGAACUACGAUACAAGCACGAAAGAACUUUCCCCAUUGAGAAUACAUCAGAUUCGUGAAUUUUUAAAGCUAUUUCCGAUAUAGAUUCCGUUUUUUUCUAAAAACAGUAGUGUUUUAUCUUCUUUUUUUUUUAAAUUUUCUCACAAAUUAGAUUGAAGAAAAUGCUCAGUAAUUUCCUUGUAUUACACGAAUUUUCCACACGACUAUGGAGACAACUUAUGGCUCAUCUCAUAUAUUAUUUCCUCACAUCCGUCUUGUCGAUAGAGGCUGCCCACACAACAGAAGAAAUUACCGCAGAAACGGAGGAGAUUAUGCCCAAUGUAAGUUACACGUGUCGAGAUCAGAAGCAAAUAGAAGAAAUAUUUCAGAGGCAUGGAAUCAUACCGGAUUUAAUAGACGAUGCUCCACAAUAUGAGAUAGCUAUCCGAUAUGCUGGGGCAAUUUCGCCUGAUUUUGGCACGAAACAUCCGCCACAGGAUCUACAAUUUCCUCCGUUUGCACUGCGAUUUCCAACCGUACCACACGUAAUGUACUCGCUUUUCAUGUUUGAUUUAGAUUCUCCCUCGAGGAAAAAUGCAACGAAGAGACCGUACAUUCAUUGGGGCAUAGCUAACAUACCAAAUCAUGGUAUUUUAUAUGCUGAAACAUUGGUUAAAUACCUCGGCCCUUUCCCGGAAAACGGAACAGGGCUACAUCGAUAUGUAUUCUUAAUUUACGAGCAGCCAUUUUCAUCGCACUUCAACUACACAGUAUCUUACACUGAACCACGUUUGCUAACGUCGAUAGAUGACCCACAACGUGCAAACUGGGAUAUACGCAAGAUCGUUAGAAAGUAUAAGCUCGAAGGUCCAAUAGCCGGUAAUUUUCUAUACUGCGAAUGGACACCACCAUUAGAAGUUGCUGAUUAAAUCACGAUUGGACACGACAAUGAAUGCUCUGAAUGCGCGAUUGAUACUCUACAUGUAGCAGGAAACUUUAUUUCUAUGAUUCACAGUUUUUCCUUUUCAUUUUCUUCACAUUUUUUGUCAUUUAAUGAUAGCUAGGAAAUAGGAGAAACUCUUGCUUAACAUGUUCAGGCUUUGUCUGCUAUAAAAAUUCCUCAAAGGAACAAGAAGAAUCUACAAUGUCUUUAAAGUCCCUUAUUUUUAUUUUUAGAGACAGGUGGGAAAGAAGGGGUGUGCUCGUUAGUACAGAGCCGUAAGAAUGAAUGGGAAUUAUGAAUCGCCAGUGACGUCAGCGGCGACGACCGGGCCCGACGCACUCAACGAUGCCGCAUAACUCAUGAGCUCUGUCCACAACGUAUUUUUCUCAUGCCCACGGUUCAUGAGUGCCGCAAGCAGAUAUGACGCUUAUUUCCGUUUGGUAUAAUGUAAAAUCCCGCUUUUCCAUUUCCCUAAAGGAAAUUUUGCCAACUUUUGCAUUGUCUCUCAUCCAGCUUUCUAGAGCAUACCAAAUCUUUCCCAGUCGUCUAUAGUUGCGUUUAGCAGAAAUAGUGCAUUUCACAAAUUAACAACAUGAGCACAAAAGUAAAAAUACAAAAAAGUCUCAAAUUGAAUAAAACCUAAAACGCUCGAGUUGCGUCAACAACACUGAACAAAAAACAGCUGAUGAGUAGAAGCACGAAUAGUUGUAUGACCCGCAAAAAAAGGUACCUAAGACAAUGUUCGGAGAUAAGCGUUUUUUGAACUAGGAGGAAGAUAAAAGUCAACAUUUUUCGUCGUUUUCAGCAACUUCCGACACUCAUCGGUCGUAAUCUCUUGAUUCAGAUAAAAUUCGUCCCCUGAAUACGUUUCAUUUAUGUAGUUGUCUCGAAAUAAAAAAAAAAAGGAAGGACGUAUUUGUUUUCUGCCAUCUGCAUGCGUAUUUUAGUAUAUACUCUUUAUAAACGAUCUUAAAGAACACGAAUGAGUUUCAGUAAGUUAUGAGGAAGAACAGCAAAUUCUGCCAUCCGCUGUUUUUAGAUAUGAGGUAAUUCUUUUUAUGUCUUACUGGAAAAUCAUGCUAAAAGUCUGAAACGUAGUCACAAACAAACGGACCCACGUAACAAACGUAGUCACAUGCGUGAAUAGUUACAGAUUCUAACAAAAAAGAACGUCAUCCUUAAAAAUGGCGGAUGUCGACAUCCGCUGUUCAUACAGAUAUGUGAUUUUAUCUGCACUCCUAUCUCGCAUUUCACUCACUCUCUGACUAAUUAGUGAUUACGUAUGGCUGUGCGUUUCUCCCUAGCUUUUCUCCCACACCUCAUAAAUCUUGUAGAUUACAACUAAUUAAAUUGAUUUAUAAAUAAAUGUCGUGCUUAUCAGCACAUUGGGUUGAAGUUCACUGGAUUCCCUGAUUGCAAGGGCAUUCACAUCAGGUGCAAAAUUGCGAAAGAGCUGACUUUAGUUCACUCUGAUCUCUCAUGACAGAAAGUAGAUAGUGUUGACCUAUUAGCAGUAGUGUGCAAAAAUAUCUAACAUUGAAAGUAAGUAUUUAACCUUCACUUUUAAUGGAAUAGUCAAGUGCACGCACGCAAACCGAGAAUAUUGAGAGAUCGUUGUUUUUCCGGACACAAGAUCCAACGGCCAACAAAAAACUUCUAUUUUAUUUUUUGACACCGGCAAUUAUUUCCGCUUUUACAAGUUUGCCAAUAAUUAGGUCUCUCACAUUUGCCGGCAGAUCUUAUCUAUUAUACUUAUGUUAUCAAAUGAAACGAAAGGUGAAAAUUUUCUUUGCGAUGAAAUAUUUAUUUUUCACUUCUGAAUUCUAACUAUUUUUAGGAUAUGUAUCUGAUCUGUCAUCAUGAUUAUUGCGAUGGUUAUUAUUAUCAAAUUAAUGUCAUUUGAAAUUAGCUGUGAGAUUGUUCGAAUCAUAUCAAUAAAUGCGUAAUUAUGUUAAA